CGGCUUUGGCCUUUCUCACCGUCGCCUUCGUCUAUUACACCGCGUGGGCGCUCGUGACGCCGCUCAUCGACGAAGGACACCCAGUUUUAAGGCUGUUCCCCAGGACAGAGCUCUCGGUCAUCCUCCCGGGAUACUUGGGUGGUACGCUCGUUUUGGGGUGUUUCUUCGUCGUCGGCGCGCACAUGAUUGCGCACAGACCUGAUGCAGUCGAGCUCGAUUUCGAUGACGACGAGGACAACGAAAUGCUCAAGGCGAUGUUGACGAAGAAGAUAGUGCCCAACGUGGCGCGGACUGAGGAACUAGACCCCGACGUCUUCGUCGAAAACGUCGAGAAGGACGAAGAAGACAAAUCUGACGAUUUAGAGGACGAGAAAUCUGAUGAUUCAGAGGACGAAAGCGAAUCUGAAAAUUUAUCCGAGGAGGAAGACAUGACUGAGGAAGAGAAGAUAGCGCAGCGUAAGGCGGCGAAGAAGUUCAUCAAGGCGGAUAGAAAGAAGAACAAGAAGCUCGCCCGCGCGCAAGCUGUUGGAGGAUUCCUUGAAGACGAGGCAGAAAUGUCAGAGGAUGGUGGGCACACCUCGGAUGAAGACGAUGACGACAACAUGGACGACGAUGAGUUGAACGAGCUCGCCGAAGGUAUCGAUUUCCGUGAAGAGCAAGAUGAAGAUGAACGUCGCGCCGCCGCGCGUCAACGAGCUUUCAUGAAGGACCAGCAGAAGGCGGACGACGCUGAAUUGGAACAAAUGAAGGAAAUGGUUGCCAACGGCUUCAAGCGCAAGAAGGGCUUGCUCGACGCCGAAGACGAGUGGAAGCGAAAAAGACGCGAAGGUGGUGAUGAUGACUCUGACGAAGAAAUGGACUACGGUCCAGUGAUCGAGCGUCCCGAAGAAGCAGUUGAGUUGUCUGAUGACGAUGAUGGCGAGUGGCGUGAGCAAGCCGCUCGACGCCGUGCACUUCAAGAAUCAGGCACGCAAGAAUCACAGCUUCCGAACGCGUUCGAGAGCAUCGUCAGUCAGGAUAUUUACGCCGCUGUGAAGGGUCGGAUGAACUCGUUCAAUGAAUCACAGGAAGCUCGUCAUUGGGAAGGCGUGGAGCCCUCUCUUGCUCGCUCGAGCUCAGUGCCUGCGUCUUUAGCUCGCACGUCGAGCCAAAUCGGCGCCGGAAGCUCCGCGAUGCUCUCGCGUCAAUCGUCAAAGACGUUUCUUGGUAAGAAGAGACAAAUCGCGAAGGCAAACGGACCGGUACUUGGUAACAGCCAAGCGAGCCGUUCGUACGUUUUCGGUCGCAGUGAGAGUCAGAGCCAGUGGGCUGGGGAUGAGGCGAUGCCGGCGACGACGUUUCGCGAAAUCGGCCGAGAGAACGAUGCGCGAUCUUUCGGUGCGAUAAACGCGGGGAACGUCAGUACGAAGAAGGCGGACGCGUCUGAACCGAAGAAGAAGCAGUCGCUCUUUGAGUUGAUGUCUCAGACGCAAGACGAGAACGCUGUCAAGCACCUUCCACAAGCUGCCAAGUCAGUCCUGGGGAAACGUUAG